CGCGGGGUAGCCGACCCGAUGGGCCUGCAGGGGCCGGGACGCGGGCGGGGCAGGCGCUGGGACGCAAGCCGCGGGCGUCUUGGUGCCCAGACGGCUGCGGCGCCCGGCCUGGUCUUCGCCGCGCUCCCGCGCCCCGGCCCCCUGACCCCCUCCAGCCCACCAUGCCGCUACCCGCGCCGCCCACUUUGCUGCUGCCGUCGGAGCGCGCCGUGGUGCUACUGUCGUGCGUGCUGUCCGCGCUCGGCUCCGGCCUGCUGGUGGUCACGCACGCCCUGUGGCCCGAGCUGCGCAGCCGGGCGCGGCGCCUGCUGCUCUUCCUGUCGCUGGCCGACCUGCUCUCGGCCGCCUCCUACUUCUACGGGGUGCUGCAGGACUUCGCGGACACCUCGUGGGACUGCGUGCUGCAGGGCGCGCUCUCUACCUUCGCCAACACCAGCUCCUUCUUCUGGACCGUGGCCAUCGCCCUCUACCUGUAUCUCAGCAUCGUCCGCGCCGCGCGGGGACCCGGGACUGACCUCCUGCUCUGGGCCUUCCACGUCGUCAGCUGGGGUGUUCCGCUGACCAUCACAGUGACAGCUGUUGCUCUAAAGAAGAUUGGCUACGAUGCUUCAGAUGUGUCCGUGGGCUGGUGCUGGAUUGAUCUAGAGGCCAAAGAUCGUGUCCUGUGGAUGCUGCUGACCGGGAAGCUGUGGGAGAUGCUGGCUUAUGUCCUAUUGCCCCUGCUGUAUCUCUUGGUCAGGAAACACAUCAACAGAGCGCACGAGGCGCUCUCGGAGUACCGGCCCAUCUGCGAGAGCCAGCAUCGGCAGUACCGCGCUGUCGCUGCCUCCUCCAUAGCGGAUAAGAAGCUGGUCCUCAUCCCACUGAUCUUCAUCUGCCUCCGUGUGUGGAGCACAGUGCGCUUCGUCCUGACACUCUGUGGCUCCCCCGCGGUGCAGACACCGGUGCUGGUUGUUCUGCACGGUAUCGGGAACACCUUCCAGGGGGGAGCUAACUGCAUCAUGUUCGUCCUCUGCACCCGAGCUGUCCGCACACGGCUCAUCUCCCUCUGCCAUUGCUGCUGCUGUCCUCAGCCCUCUGACCAGAGCCAGGCCAGCCCUCCCAGGGCUCCUGCACCCCACAAGACAGGAGAAUCACAGGAACCCAGGCAGACCCUACAGGAGCAUCCCAGCACCUGAGCGUUUGCCUCUUCUAGCUCUGUGCGUAGGUGCUGCCUUCCUGGGACAGGUGUUUCUGUGCAUCCCCACUGCAGGACAUAGGGGGCAUGUCCGCCCAACCGGAAGCCCCCACUGGUGAAGCUCUGGGCCCCGGUAAAGGAGCAGCUGCCACCUCAGCCUCUUCUACCUCCUACACUCUCAGGCAGCAUGCUCCCCAAUCACCGUGUGUCCUGGUGCACUUGGGGGAUUCCUCUGAGUGAGGCCAGCAGGAGUUCCGGGGAAGCCAGCAAUGCAGGAUCCCCACCUGGGUGCUCUAGGCCACUGGCCUUCAGUGUCCUGAAGCCACACAGCACUGUUUACAAUGUGAGGGACCCACACCUGUGCACCCACCCCAUGUAUGGCUCAAUAAUGUACCAGGGUGUCCCAGAAAUGGGUCUCCCACCCAGACAUCACAGAGCAGAUUCCUGGCUUAUUAGGACGUCGAGAUUCCCUGGAGAGCCCGCUUUCCUUGGACAGCAUUGCUGGUCAACAGCCACAGGUCCCCUGAAGUCAUAUGUGACAGCCAUGUUGAGCACAGCCCAGUACAGUCUCAUAGGCACUUCAUGGACUUUCUUGCUAUGGGUCACCAGUCCUCCAUAUCAAUUGCAUUUGAGUUUCAACACAGUUCAGAAUCCAGAGUCCUGGUUUCCCCAGGCAGUCACAUGAUAUAUUGCCUGCCAGUGCCAGAGCAAAAGCCAGCUUGGGCUCACUGAGGGAGGCAUUUCCCCACCUCCCAGCCCAGCCCCUGGUGUUCUUAGGACUUCUAAAGCAAGGGUGAGUUGAGAGGAGGUCUGGCUUAUUCACUUCCCAGUUAGGCUUUUUCUGGGAAAGGUGAUCAGACAGUUAGAAAGUGACCCAAAUACUGAUUUCUCCAUGAAGGUGAAGGUUCUAAGAUUCAGCCUUGGGCUGGGAGCAUAGCUCAGUGGAACAAUAUGUGCUUAGCAUGUGCAAAACCCAGGUUGAUCCCCAACACCAAAAAAAGAAAAGAAAAAGAUUAGCCUUUUUGGUGGGUGGGUGGGGACACAGAAACCUGGAUGCUGGGGUGAUAAUUUACAUUUAAAAGGAAAAGGAUUUAAAGGAGCUUCUGUAUCUCCUGUUGUAUGGCUUUUUCACCAGUGCUUUCUGCAUUUCAGAAAGCAAGUUCUCUGUUAAGCACAGAAGCUAAGAACAAGAAGUAUAAAUGCCACCUUGGAGAAGGAACGUACAGCUUUACCCAGGAGUCAUUUCCCUUGGGUUCUGACAGAACUGUACAAAAUGGAAAUGAUUUUCUGAGCCUGACUUUCUGAAUUCAAACCAGAGUCAGGCUGUGCUAUCCAUUCCUCUCAAUUCUCCAUCCAUUACUCUCAAAAACAAAAUCAAUAUCAGGAAAGGAGUCAUCACUUAGAGAACUGAGUCUGCAGUGCUCUUUCUUACUUGCUUUAGAACAGUUCUUUAUGAAAAUCAGCAAGAGGGGGACAUCCUUAGGGUUCUUAGAAAGCUCUGGGCUGCCCUAUGGAAAGUUCCCCCUCAGCAGGAGGCAGUCUUAUAAAAACAGCCUGGGGUCCCCUAAAGAUGGAAUGCCAUUCCUGGGCACAUAGCUUCUAGCUUCUAGAAUGGAACAGAAAGCAAACAAGAAAAUGAUCCAUGAUUGAAUGGGAGUGAGCAAACCUUACUUAGCAGGGUGCUCCAGAAUCCUGGCAGACAUCUCUGUGGGCUGAGCUGGAUACCUGUAGGUCCCCAGCCAGUGCUGUGCUCAGAUCAGCCUGCAGAGGGAGUUAGGGGCUCAGAAAACCCUGUUCCCCAGAGCCCAGGCUCGCUCUGGUGUUGCAUCUACCUGGGUGACGCCCUUGGCUGGGCCGUCUGCUUCAGGAAAAACCACCAUGAGGCUACACCUUGGGUAUUCCCAUCUGCCACCCACCUGGCCUUGCAGGCAGAUGGUUACCUUGAAUGGCUGUGGGCCUAGGGAAGUGGAGAAGUUGGGACUUGUGCCUUGGCCUGGGCCUCUGGCCCUGUGAUCUCAGAUAACCUCACUUCCUUAGAGCCACUGAGUAUUUAUUGUUGGACAGAUACAGUUCACGACGAAGAGCGAGAGGGACUUUGUAUCCUCAAAGUCCAGGAGGGGCGUUGUGCUGACCACCCCUCCCCCAACCCACCAUGCUCCUUUUACACUUUUCUCGGCUCCAAAGGUUUCCCGUGUCCCUGACACCCAAGUGUGACCUCAGCCUUAAUGCAUGCUGCAGCCGUCCCAGUGUCCCCAGCUUUGUCAGUGCCCCUCUUAUGCACUUUCAAAUCUUGGUUUCAGAACCAGGUCUCCCAGCCACUGCCCGCCUCUGUGCUGGGAGGUUUGUUGUUUAUUUGUUCUGUUUGUUUCGUAGUAGAGAUUUUUAUGUGGCCCAGGCUGCUUGUACAAACACGACUCUUAGUAUGUCCACAACAAGAAAAACUGUUUUUAUAAAAAACUUUCCAGUUGUGGUAUAGCACAGUGUGAGUUUUUGCACAAGCAGAAUUGAAAUUUAGAGCCUGUCUGGGUAGAGGUGAAGUCUUGCUAUUUUAAAAUAAAUUAUUUUUCUUCUGUUUGGUAAACUGAUUGUUCACUGAUGUGUGUGUAUGUGUGUGUUGGGGGAGUAGGGGAGGCAGCGCCGACUGGCCUGAGCUGUGAUCAUGGAGAGAGCAGCCUGGGGACAUCUCUGCCCUUCUCUGUUGGCAAAUACACUCACCAGAGGUGGCCACCUGGUUGGCUCUGCCAGCUUCUCCUGAGUUUGCCUGAUGAAGAUCAUGGGGAAGGCUGCAAUACGGAUCCCUGGGCCCGUCCACACGGAGGGUCAUUAGGUCCAAGUUCUAAGCACUUAUGGCUUGGGGCUAAACUCUCAGAAGGGAGACACUCCAGGGCCAGUCUUGUCCUUCAAGUAUCAUUGUAUCCUGGUCCGUAAGGACCCACUGCAGCCUCCUCUGUGCAGCCUCCUCUGUGGGCUCUUUGGUGGUCAGGAGACGCCAGGACAUCAGGCCUAUUCUCCAAAAGGACCAGCCUUCCAAAACCAGCUAUAGGAGCUAGCCACCUUGUCAGGACUUAUGGCCCGC